UUUAUACCCCUUGUCCCUUUCCAACCGACCCCUUCAAAACAAUCAAAACCUCCUUUCCUUUCUCGCGAAGCUUCGACAAUGGCGACCAUCUCUGUGCCGGCCACCGUCCCGUCCCCGGCCGAGGACUGCGAGCAGCUCCACAAAGCCUUCUCAGGUUGGGGAACAAACGAGGGAUUGAUUAUCUCUAUCCUAGCCCACCGCACAGCAGCCCAGCGCCGCGUCAUCCGGGACGUCUAUUCUAAGACUCACGGGGAGGAUCUCCUCAAGUCCCUCGACAAGGAGCUCACUCGAGACUUCGAGAAGGCUGUGCUGACAUGGACGCUGGGGCCGGCGGAGAGGGAUGCAUUGUUGGCGGGGGAGGUGAUAAAGAGAUGGAGCCCUGCGAACCGAGUGCUCAUAGAGAUCGCAUGCACCCGUAGCCCGGAGGAGCUACUCACCGCCAGGCGUGCGUACCAUGACCGCUUCAAGCGCUCCUUGGAGGAGGAUGUUGCGGCGCACACCUCCGAUCAUUUCAGAAAGCUUCUUGUACCGUUGGUAAGUUCGUUCCGCUACGAUGGGCCUGAAGUGAACAUUUCAUUGGCAAAAUCGGAGGCUAAGAUACUCCAUGGAAAGAUCUCAGAAAAGGAUUACAGCAAUGAUGAAAUUAUCAGGAUUCUCGCUAGCCGGAGCAAGGCGCAACUCUUUGCAACACUAAACCAUUACCACAAUGAGUUUGGUAAUCCAAUCAAUAAGGAUUUGAAGUCUGAUCCUAAAGAUGAGUUCCUCUCUGCCUUGAGGGCUGUAGUGAAGUGCAUCACUGCCCCAGAAAGAUAUUUCGAGAAGGUUAUUCGGCUAGCGAUAAACAAGAUGGGAACCGAUGAAGGUGCUCUGACCAGGGUAAUAACAACUCGAGCUGAAGUUGAUCUGAAAAUCAUAAAGGAAGAGUACUACAAAAGAAACAGUGUGCCAUUAGACCGUGCCAUUGCUAAGGACACUCGUGGAGAUUAUGAGGAUUUCCUUCUUGCCUUGAUAGGAGAAAGUAAUGCUUGAGCUCUGCCUCUUUAUAGAUAUAAAAUAAAGCAUCUGUUUGUUCUUGCUGCAUAUGAUAUAUCCACCGUAUUCAGUGCUCUGUUUUGCUUGCCCUGUAAAACUUCAGAGUCUACUGUGGUUUGUUUCAACUUUUAUAAAUAAUCUACUUAUGUUUGUUUA